UCGUUGCCCUCUGAAAUCUAAUCUUUCUGCCCUUGUUUUUGUUUUCUUCUUUGGUUCCAUAUUUCCAACAAGCCCAAAAUCUCUCUGACUUCUGGAUUGGUUUGUUAGAGAGAUUUAGGUUCUGAAUUCUCUGAGUAUUUUGGUGAUCUGGGUUCUUUUAAUAUUGAUUGUUGUUUUCUUCUUUCUGGAUUCUUGGGUGCCUUGAAUUUUACUUUCAGAUUAUUUGAGCUAGUAUUAAAUUUCAAGGAAAAGAGAAAACUUGAAAGCUGAAAAUGACUAUCGUGAACCUAGAACCCAGAGCAAAGAAGACAAAAUCAAGGAAGAACAAAGCAGUGGCUGAUGAGAAGGCACCUUUGAUACCUAAAACUCUUGAGGCUGAUUCUUCAGGGUUUGAUGAUUUCAAUGGUGCUUCAUUUUCUGGGGCAGUUUUCAACUUGUCCACCACAAUUAUUGGUGCUGGGAUCAUGGGGUUGCCCGCAUGUGUUAAAAAAUUGGGGAUGAUACCUGGUCUUCUUUCUAUAAUCUUGAUUGCUUUUUUGACAGAGAAGUCAAUUGGGUUCAUGAUUAGGAUUUCCCGGGCAGGGAAUCUUUCUUCUUAUGCCACUCUAGUGGGGGAUACAUUUGGCAAAUUUGGAAAAGCCCUGGUGCAGAUAUGUGUCGUAGUCAACAACAUUGGAAUGCUGAUCAUUUACAUGAUUAUUAUCGGUGAUGUGAUUUCUGGAACAUCUUCUGGUGGAGUUCAUCAUUCUGGUUUACUUGAAGGAUGGUUUGGAGUUUACUGGUGGACAGGACGUACAUUUGUUCUUCUUGUUAUAACACUUUCUGUGUUUGCACCUUUGUCCUGCUUCAAGCGCAUUGAUUCGUUGAGAUACACUUCUGCAUUAUCAUUUGGUUUAGCAGUUGUCUUUCUCGUCAUUGCUGUGGGAAUUUCAAUUUUCAAGAUUGUCAUUGGAGGCAUUGAGAUGCCUAGAUUAUUCCCUAUCAUUACUGAUGUUUCCUCAGUUUUUGAACUGUUUACAGUAACUCCUGUGGUUGUCACAGCCUACCUAUGCCACUUCAAUGUACACCCCAUAGACAACGAACUCGAGGACUCAUCACAGAUUCGUGGGGUUGUGCGUGCUUCCCUUGCUCUAUGUGCUUCAGUGUACUUAUUGACAAGCUUCUUUGGGUUCCUUCUAUUUGGUGAAGGAACUCUGGAUGAUGUGCUUGCAAAUUUUGACACUGAUCUUGGGAUUCCUUUUGGUUCUGUGCUCAACGAUGCUGUUCGUGCUACCUAUGCCGCACAUCUUAUGCUUGUGUUUCCAGUUGUCUUCUAUGCAGUGCGGAUCAACCUUGAUGGUCUUUUGUUUCCAUCAUCUAGACCUUUGGUUCUAGAUAACAUCAGAUUUUCAAUGAUUACUGUGGCCCUUAUUGUUUUUUCCUUUUGGGGAGCAAAUUUCAUACCCAGCAUUUGGGAUAUUUUCCAGUUCACUGGAGCAACUGCUGCAGCAUGUUUAGCAUUCAUAUUUCCAGCUGCCAUCAUCCUUAAGGAUCGGUACAACAUUGCAACUAAUAGGGACAAGAUUCUGUCUGUCUUCAUGAUAGUCCUCGCAGUCUUUGCAAACGUUGUGGCUAUAUACAGUGAUGCACUUGCCUUGAUCAAGACUAGUCUUAGCUCAAUGGGAGUGAUUUCAUGAAACUUUCUUUAGAAGUCCACACGCAAUAUGUUCAUACUUGCAGAAACAGGAGUGACAGGGUUAUUGGCCAAGUAGAAAAUUGAUGUUUUCUGAGAGGUACGAAUGAUGGGUUGAUUGUAAGAUAAAGAAGCAACCCAAUGUGUUGUUCUUCAAAAUUGUGUAAAGGCCUGCAACAUGUUCAUCUCCUUUGGAAUUUGCUCUAUAUGGUAUUGUAGUUGUAGAGGCUCUUCUUGAUUGUCAAUGUAACAUAGAAUGUUGGCUGAAUGAUUGAAGGGACGUGCUAUGAAUUAUGAAAUAAUGAUUUAGGUGAGAGAACUGUGAGCGUGUUUGUAAUAUAUUGUGUUGUAAAUUCUCCACACUUUUCGAUGUUGUGCCUUAGAGUUUCAUGAAAUCUGUUUGAACACAA